CGCCUUUGAAGUGCUGCGCCCAAAUAAGUGUCGCAGUCCCGCCUCGGCACGUCAUAUGCGCUCGCUCGCAUCCCGCAACGCACACCUUCUGCUGCGUCUCCUCCUCUUCCGCUCCGUCGAUCUCCUCCUCCUCCUCCUCCUCCUCCUCUUCUUCCGCCGCGAGCAAACUCGAACAGUUGGAACUAGGUUGGGAGACUUUGGGGGCGUUAUCAGUUGCCUCUCUGGUUUUGGUUUCUAGUUUGAGGUGGCUUAACAAAUGGAUAAGCUCAAGUUAGCGGCACUGGGAGAGCGCUUGAAGACCGGAGGAGAACGCCUGAAGAGUGGGGGUGCAGAGGUGGGCAGGAGAGUUGGUGAAAAAAUGAAAGAGAUUCUCCAGGGCCAGUCGCCAGAGGCAAAAAUGGUUGACGAAGCUACAUCAGAUAGCCUGGAGGAGCCAAACUGGGGUCUAAAUUUGAGGAUCUGUGGUAUGCUAAACAGUGACGAGUUCAAUGGUUCUGAAGUGGUCAAGGCAAUAAAGAAGAAGAUUGCUAGCAGGAAUGCAGUGAGUCAGAGGCUGAGUCUUGAUCUGUUGGAGGCUUGUGCUAUGAAUUGUGACAAAAUAUUUUCGGAGGUGGCUUCCGAGAAAGUCCUGGAUGAAAUGGUGAGGAUGAUAGAUAAUCCACAAACAAAUCAUGGGAAUAGGAUGAGAGCUUUGCAGCUGAUUGAAGCAUGGGGUGAAUCUGAGGACCUUGCAUAUCUACCUAUUUUCAGACAGACUUACAUGAGUUUGAAGGGACGAAAAAUGCAAGCUAGUGCGCAGCAUGAUGACAAUUCUAGUUCAUUACUUUCUUCUGGUGAACAAAACUUUGCGCAUGUGGCGGCUCCUCCUGACCGGUAUCCUUAUCCCAAUGUCGAUCAGCCCAACACAGACUUAGGUGAUUUAAUCUUCCAUCAGUUCCAUGGUGGGGGCCUCUCUGCGGAGGAGAAAAAGGAAAUUCUUGUUGUUGCUCGAAACAGUAUCGAGAUCCUCUCUUCAAUCUUGAACUCUGAAACGAAAGAAAGGCCCUUGGAGAAUGAUCUUACAAUCUCUAUGCUGGAAAAAUGUAAAGAAUCACAACCCAUGAUACAGAGGAUAAUAGAGAGCACAGGCGACGAUGAGGCUAUGUUGUUCGAGGCUCUGAAUCUUCACGAUGAGCUCCAACAAAUCCUAGCCAAGUAUGAGGAGCUCAAAAUUGCCAAUCUGCCUGAGACUGGUGACACUGUCAAAGAAUCUGGACCUUCAGCUGGGCUGAUGAGAGAUGACGAGGCAAAAGAGCAGCAAACGCCUAAGGAAAGCGAAUCCACAAGUCAAUCUAGAGAUUCUGAGAAGGUAGAGUGAGAGUCCUAUUUGCGCAUGGUAUAGUGAAUUGUGGAGUUUAACAAGGCGUUGUAUAUAUAAGAGCUGGAUUAGAUAUGGAUCUCAUUUGCCUUAUUUGCCAUCGUUUUCUUUUAACUAAUACAAAACGCUGCAGUUGUUCGAUUUCG